CAAAAUAGUUGAUGUCACACAUAAAAUUGUAAUAUAAUAGCUACAUAACUUCCAUCUUCUUCCCUGCUUCAGACCAUCCAACCUCCGGCCAACACACAACACCUCUGCCGCCACAACCACCAUUGAGCAACGCACUGACCAAGAAUUCUUCUCCUCUUGCUGAAUCAAAACUAGCAGCAAGUUUGUGCACAGAUUCGCCGACGAGCUUCUAAUUUGGCGGUAAUGGCGACAAGCUUCGCUGAGAAACUCCAUUUUCAAGCUUCAUCGACGAGCUUCUAAUUUGUCUGGGUCAAAUCUGUCGACCGCCUUGGGACCAAACAAAUCCGCCGCAGAUCUGAUUGUUUUUCCCGCAGAUUUGAAAUUUUUGGCUUAGGGAGACAGGGGUUGGAGAAACUAGGGAAGGAACUGGGAAGAAGGCUUGGCCGGGAAGGUGAGGGAGACUAUGAAAGGGGCUGGUUGGGUGGUGGUCGGGUUGGGACAGGGGAGGGAUUGCAUCGAGGCUUGGCUGGGAUGGGGUUUGUGAGGGGGGCUGGGGAGUGCAGUGGCUGUGCGGCUGGAGUUGUCAGAAGGUCCGGCGGCGGCCAUUGUGGUCAAAUGGCGGUGGUGGCAGUAACCGGAAGAGGCGGGGCGGAGUUCAGCGGAUCCUACGGCAGUGACAUCACUGUGCGGUAGCGGCGUCACUGUGUUCACUACGGUGAUGUCGCUGCGGUUAUAGUGACAUGCGCGGUGGCUAUUGUGACACGCGCGGUGGCUAUUGUGACACGAGUGGUGGUGACAGUGACACGGACGGUGGCUACAGUGACACGAGUGGUGGUGACAGUGACACUGACGAUGGCUACAGUGACACGGACGGUGGCUAUAGUGACACGGGCGGUGACUACUGUGACACAGGCGGUGGCUACUGUGACACGGGCGGUGGCUACAGUGACACGAUCGGUGGCUACAGUGACAUUGGCGAUGGCUACAGUGACAUGAGCGGCGGGUACAGUGACAUAAAUCUGGCAAACACUAUGUUUUUCUAAAUAUAUGGUCUUCUUGAUCAUUUUUUUGCCCCUUU